AUGUCUUCUACCAACGCACCGCGAAUCUCUCCUGCUCUCCACGAAGCCGCGCUUGCUGUGUUUGAGAUGACAGAGCAUAACCGCCGAGCCCAACAGAGCCAACUCGACGAGGCGCUGGAUAUCAAACAGGUCUUCGACUCUUUAUAUCAAAACAUUGACGAGCUUGAGGUGAUGACCAUGCACCUUCACGGUGUACCUGGCGCCGAGUCGUACUUCAAACAGGCGCAGCAGCAUAUUCAAUCGUUCCGUCUUAUACGGAACAACCUCAAGAACACUGUAGCAUCCAUCACCGACGCCGACGUCAAACAUGCUCAGGAAAUGCGGUUCGGUUAUGCCCAGUUUCUGAGCCAUAUCUCUUGCUACACUGGCGAUGACACUCAAGCCCUGGCAUCACUCGAGAACAUCAUCUGGAAGUUCGACGAAGACUUUCACCCAAAACAACGUCAACGACUCGCAACAAUCCGCGAUCAGCUCGAUAGCUUCAUUCUCUUGCUGAACAAGAUGGCCGCUUUGAAACACGCGUUGGAGGAACAGGGGCUAAUCUGA